CGCGUGGCGGCGCGCGCCCCCCCGGCCCCCCAGCUGCUGCUCUGCCGCCUCUACCGCUGGCCCGACCUGCGGCAGCCGCACGAGCUCAAGCACGCGGGCGGCGGCGGCCGCGGCGAGGCCGGCGCGCUCUGCUGCAACCCGCACCACUUCAGCCGCCUCGCGGCGCCCGAGACCCCGCCGCCCCCCUACUCGGCGGCGCCGUCGUGGCCAGAGCCGCCGGAGCCGGGCGGCGAGAAGCGCGAGCCCAGCCCGUCGCGGAGCGCCGCCAGGGAGGCCUCCUGGUGCAAACUGGCCUACUGGGAGCACCGGACGCGCGUGGGCCGCCUCUACGCCGUGCACGAGGCCUCGGUGAGCGUGUUCGGCGAGCAGCCGCACGGCAGCGGCUUCUGCCUGGCGCAGCUGCGCGCGGCCAACCGCAGCGCCGCCGUGCGCCGCGCGCGCCGCAAGAUCGGCCGCGGGCUGCUGCUGAGCCGCGAGCCGGGCGCCGUGUGGGCCUACAACCGCAGCGAGCACCCCAUCUUCGUCGACUCGCCCACCCUGGGCCCCCCCGGCGGGCGCGGCGCCGCCGUGCGCAGGGUGCCGCCGGGCUACGCGGCCAAGGUGUUCGACUACGAGCGCGCGGCGGGGCUGGCGCGGCGCCCCGCGCCCGCCGAGGGGCCCUGCGACCCGCACAGCGUCCGCAUCAGCUUCGCCAAGGGCUGGGGGCCCCGCUACUCGCGCCAGUUYGUCACCUCCUGCCCCUGCUGGCUGGAGAUCCUGCUGACCCAGCCGCGCUGAGAGGGCGCCCGCUGCUGCGGCGUCCGCAUGUAAUCCCCUUGUGUAUGGUUAAAUUUAUUAUAAUUUAUCUUAUUUUUUGUUAAAACGAAAGAGAAGAAAGAGAAGGCAAAAGCAGGGCAUGGCCCCUGUCGGGGCAGGGUGCCCACCUUGGCGCUGCAGGGAGGGCAGGGGUGAGUGUGAGCAGCUGAGUGCAGCUGGGAAUGAGCCUUGGAGUAGCACAGAGCAGCUGGGAUGAGCAUUGGGAACMAGAUAGAGCAGCCGGGAUGGGCCUUGGAGCAGGUCAGUGCAGCUGGCUGAGCCUCUGAGCAGGAUAAUGCACCCGGGAUGAGCAGUAGAACAGGUGAGCACAGCUGGGAUGAGCAUUGGGAACAAGGUAGUGCGACCGGGAUGAGCCUUGGAGCAGACUGAUGCAGCUGGGGUGAGCGUCAGAGCAGGAUAGUGCACCUGGGAUAAGCAGUGGGGUAGGUGAGCACAGCCGGGAUGAGCAUCGGAGCAGGUGAGCACAGCUGGGAUGAGCUGGGAACACGUUAGUGCAGCUGGGAUGAGCUGGGAACACGUUAGAGCAGCCAGUGUGAGCCCU